CCUAACAACAACACAACAGCAAAGUCUUCUCAAUAAACAAUUUUAUAACCCAUGCACAAAUCAGUGUUUGAACUGGUAAAAUAAGGAUUAAUUUACACGCGAAAUAAUGUCCCAGCAGGGAGCAGUUCUGCAGUCAUACAACAACGAACUUGUUAAGUGUAUUGAAGAUCUUUGCACUAAAAGAGAUGAGGUGCAGAGACAAAUUCUAGCAGAAGAGGAAGAGAAGGCAAAGCUACAAAAUGAUAUCCGAAUACUCACAGAAAAACUGGCUAAAGUAAAUGAAAGCUUGGCGAAAAAGAUAUCUUCACGUAAUGAGUAUGACAAAACAAUUGCUGAAACUGAAUCGGCUUAUAUGAGGAUCCUUGAAAGUUCACAAACACUGCUGCAUGUGUUAAAGAAAGAGGUUGCAAAAGAAAAGACCCCUCCAUCUAAGGAAAUGGGACAAAGUAUGCCCUCAAGGGACAAACCGUCAACAAGCAGUUAGUUAAUUAAUGUAUUUUCUUGUAAAUAAUAGUUGGUUUAUUACAGCUAUGUUGAAUAUGUCAUUUUUAAUUGCAUGGUUAAUGAAGUCCACUUUAAUAGACAGCCAAAUGCCUAAGAAAGUACUGUUUACUAUCUGGAUUUCUUGUUUAUUUCUGAUAAUAUAUUGACAAAUAGCUCUA